AUGUUUCAUGAUAAAUGCUUUCACAAAGUCCUACUUUUAGUUGCGCCACCACUACCUAGCCUUUUUAUCAACACAUUUGGCGAUGAAGCCGCUGGGUCGGGAUACGGAUGGCUCACCGAUCCGGAUGCACCUGAGCCUUACCACGGAGUCGAGUCUGUUAUUCGAGGUGUACGUUUGAACUUCUAUAAUUUUGAUCCGACUAACACUGGAAAUUUAGCUCAGCAAAUCGGUCUUGAUAUGGUGAAAGAUCGAAUACGGUUGACAAAACAAGAGAUCGAUACCUGCCGUCAAGAUCAGCAAAUGAUUGCAGACUUUGUGGCAGACACUUUCCGUGAUGAGUUAAAUGCGAACCGCGAUAAAUCGAAAAUUCGCGAACUCGUGGAAGAUGUGGAACGACUUCAGAAGGAGGUAGAUGAACUUCGAAAACUGUCUCCGAGAUCGGUACCACCUCCAAGUCAGAAACCACUUCUCUUCUUUUACGCCCUAGGACCCGCUCCUCCUCAUCAACAUCUUAUAUGGCAUUGUAUACGAUGCCUCGAGGGAAACAACAUGACGUCUUUUCGAUGUAAAUGCUCGUUUCCCCGUGUUGCGAUUGAUCCAAGAGAAGCCGCUAAAUGCAAAUGUACACACUGUAGCCAAGCAACAGCUGGCCGUGCUUCUGCCCCUCCCACUAUCGCUGAUGGCGACUAG